GAUAGGGCUGGCGCCCCCCGCCACACAUGCCAAAAGCAUCCCAGUCGGAGGCACCUCUCAUUUCUCGUCGUCUUUGUUUGUAUGUUCCAUUAGCACAGACUGAAGCGCAACUAGAGGAUACAGCCAUCCAUUGGUAGUACACAGGGUCCCACCCACAAGAGAGGCAUGGCGGCCACAUCGUCCCUGAAGAGCAGCCUUCUCCUCCCGUCUACCAUCUCCGACUUCAGUGGCGCAGCCGCAGCCGUCUCCAUCUCAACGCAGAAGAGGAGAUCACGGGGGGCGAGGGUGCAGGUCUCAGCGGCUGCGGACUCCAAGAACAUUCUGGUCAUGGGGGGGACUAGGUUCAUCGGGGUCUUCCUGUCCAGGCUCCUUGUCAAGGAGGGCCACCAGGUCACAUUGUUCACCAGGGGAAAGGCACCCAUAACUCAGCAGCUGCCAGGGGAGUCCGACGCGGAGUACGCAGACUUCUCCUCCAAGGUUCUGCACUUGAAAGGUGACAGGCAGGACUUCGAAUUCGUGAAGACAAGCUUGGCUGCCAAUGGAUACGAUGUGGUUUACGACAUCAAUGGACGUGAGGCUGUGCAAGUUGAGCCCAUAAUUGAGGCCUUGCCUAACCUGCAACAGUACAUCUAUUGCUCAUCGGCAGGAGUGUACCUGAAAUCUGACAUUCUUCCGCACUGUGAGGUGGUUGACGCGGUGGACCCCAAGAGCCGUCACAAGGGCAAGCUGGAGACGGAGAGCCUGCUGACCUCGCGCGGCGUGAACUGGACGUCCAUCAGGCCCGUGUACAUCUACGGCCCGCUCAACUACAACCCCGUCGAGGAGUGGUUUUUCCACCGCCUCAAGGCCGGCCGCCCCAUCCCCAUCCCCGGCGCCGGCAACCAGAUCACGCAGCUCGGCCAUGUCAAGGAUCUGGCAAGAGCCUUCAACCUGGUGCUCGGGAACCCCAAGGCGAGCAAGCAGAUCUUCAACAUCUCCGGGGCCAAGUAUGUCACCUUCGACGGCCUUGCGCGGGCAUGCGCAAAGGCUGGAGGGUUCCCUGAGCCGGAGCUCGUCCACUACAACCCCAAGGAAUUCGACUUCGGAAAGAAGAAGGCCUUCCCAUUCAGAGACCAGCACUUCUUUGCGUCUGUGGAGAAGGCGACGAGCGAACUCGGGUGGACGCCGGAGUUUGACCUCGUCCAGGGGCUCACCAACUCGUACAACCUCGACUUCGGCCGCGGCACGUUCCGGAAGGAGGCGGACUUCACCACAGACGACAUGAUCCUCGACAAGAAGCUUGCCACCGUUUGAUGCAUGUCUCGGGCUAGCUGUACGUACGUACGAUUAGAGAAGAGAUAAAUGAUAGCAAAUCAAAAUUUGUUGUUAAGUAAAGUGAGCUCUUAGCUUCUAUCAGGGACGAUUAUUAAGGAUACCCGAAUUAUUCCUCCCAAGAACACACUCAGAGAAGUAAGGUACCUCUUAGGCCGAGGCUUCUCCUCGAGAGUCUCCCACCUCGGGCAUAACUCCGCCUCGCCCCGAGCUGAUCCCCGACAGAUAAGAUAAAAGCGCCUAAAAAUAGGAAGGAAACACUCGCAUUUAAUGUAUACUAGUUGUGUGCUCGUGCGUUGCAACGGGAACAUAUAAUACCAUUGAUAGCUUAUGUA